AGCUGGAUAGACGUACCAUUCGGACGAAGAUGUAGGCUGUAUACGAACACUGUUACUCGCCGAAGUACCUAUGGCGGCUGCACGAUCACGAAAAAACAAGCAACGUCGGUAUACCGCUGGCUGCUCCAAGUGGUCUAUUAAGGACACGCCGAUUGCACGUUCAGCGACGCCGCCAUCAGACGUUCCGGGAGUCGUGCAGAACGGGCAGCAUCCUAAUAUACAUUUCAUUCAAUGUGUUGAUGGAAAUGCUAGGCAUGAAGUCCUCCUUGUUGAAGGUGACGCUUCUUCUUCAGUGCCACGCGCUUCUAGCUUGGAGAAACCGGCACAGAGUCGAUAUGCGACGUCGAACUCAUUCUUUCUCUUCAGACAAGCCAUGGCGCCGCUUAACUCACAUCUCGGCCAUCAGACUGCUAUCUCGAAAGCUCUGAGUCGAGAUUGGGACAAACUGAGCAAGAAGGAGAAAGACAUCUGGCAUCAGCUCUACGUGAAGCUGCACGAUGAUAACAAGAUUGAAAAGCUGCUGCAAGAUAGGCGACGUUUUGCUCCGCCAAGUCCUCACCCGGCCGGCAGGAGCACACAUACAAGAACUGAAGAUCCGGCGACGGAGGAAGAUGGAGAUGGCAUCAGUAUGUGUCAGCCCAACUCCAUGCCGGUGAACAGUAUUUACGGUGAUGCGCACGGUGAUCUGUGCCAUGUUUGGGAUCAUUCUGCGCAGUUUCGUCAACCGAUUCCAUCUAUAUAUACAGCAACAUACCUGCUUGUCGACGGUGAUGUUGCAUCGACGGAAGUCGCAAGCCCAUACCUGAGCUAUGAUGAAUAUAACGUCUCAGCCCAGAGCUUCGACAUGCCAAUAAGCGGCUUUAUCGAUUAUCAGCCUUGCCAGUCGGCAUUCCUAAAGCCCUACGUGAUGCCGCUUUCCGGCAGUGGGACAGAGGAGCUCGUCCCUCAUAUCAUGCCGGUUUACGCCACGUCUUCCGCACAGGGUGGGGCAGGUUUUGAUUAUUCUCUCUAUACAUCAUCACCGGAUCUAAUCUGGUAA